AUGACACUCCUCGCCCUCAAAGAAGACCGCCCGACCCCAAGGGCCGUUUAUAACUGGCGCGUCUAUGGCUGCGCUGCUGUCGCCUCCUUCGCCUCGUGCAUGAUCGGCUACGACUCCGCCUUCAUCGGCACCACGCUCGCGCUGCCCUCCUUCGCCAGCGAGUUUAGUUUUGCGUCUUAUGACCCGGACGCUCUCGCCCUGCUGCAGUCGAAUAUCGUAUCCAUAUACCAGGCAGGUGCCUUCUUUGGUAGCUUGUUUGCCUAUGUGACAAGUCAUUUUCUCGGCCGGCGGACGUCGUUGGCGGUGUUUGCGUGUGUGUUCUUGGUUGGGGCUGGUGUGAUGCUGGCAGCGAGUGCGGAAAGGGGCCUGGGACCGAUUCUAGCGGGGAGGGUGUUGGCGGGCGUUGGGGUAGGGGGCGCGUCGAACAUGGUGCCGAUUUAUAUCUCGGAGCUGGCGCCACCCGCUGUCAGGGGGAGACUGGUCGGUAUUUAUGAACUGGGAUGGCAGAUUGGGGGGCUGGUUGGGUUCUGGAUCAACUAUGGUGUCAACACGACGAUGCUGCCGACAAGGAGCCAGUGGCUGAUCCCUUUCGCGGUCCAGCUGAUACCGGGGGGGCUUUUGUUCCUUGGGGUGUUUUGGAUCAAGGAGUCGCCGCGGUGGUUGUUUGCAAAUGGCCGGAGGGCUGAGGCAAUGAAAGUCAUGUGCUGGAUCCGGAACCUUGAACCGCAUGAUCAGUACAUCCUCGAAGAGGUUGAGCAAAUUGAUCGGGACAUUGAGAGGUUUGAAAGGGAGGUUGGCAAGGGGCUCUGGAAGCCGUUCCUGGCACUCAGGCAGCGCAAAGUCCAGUGGCGCUUUUUCCUAGGCGGGAUGCUCUUCCUGCUACAAAACGCUUCCGGUAUCAACUCGAUCAACUAUUACAGCCCGACAGUGUUCCGCAGUAUCGGUAUUGUGGGCAUCAACACCGGGUUUCUUACGACGGGCCUCUUCGGCGUUGUCAAGACGGCAUUGACGGUCCUUUGGCUGCUUUGGCUUGUGGAUCGCGUGGGACGACGCCGCAUGCUUUUCAUCGGCGCCUUCGGCGGCUCGCUGUGCAUGUGGUUUAUUGGAGCUUACAUCAAAAUCGCCAACCCAUCAUCCAAAGACCAGGACGGAACCAACAGCAGCAGGAGGAUGGACGGAGGGGGCAUCGCUGCUGUCUUCUUCUUCUACCUCUGGACAGCGUUCUACACCCCGUCAUGGAAUGGCACACCAUGGGUUGUGAACUCGGAAAUGUUUGACCAAAACACGCGCUCGUUAGGUCAAGCGUCCGCAUCAGCCAACAACUGGUUCUGGAACUUCAUCAUUUCGCGCUUCACUCCGCAGAUGUUUCUCAAGAUGGGAUACGGCGUAUACUUUUUCUUUGCGGCCUUAAUGCUGCUCUCGAUUAUCUUCGUCUACCACUUUCUACCGGAGACUAAAUCGAUCCCACUCGAGGCAAUGGACCGGCUGUUUGAGAUUAAGCCCGUUCGGAAGGCGAAUCAGGUACUCAUGGAUGACCUUGCUCAAGGCGGAGGGGCCGGGGCGGCGGAGGAUGUGUCAUCUUGCGCCGGGGAGAAAACUAGGUCAGAUCAUUUGGAGGGGACAGCGAGGGUCUGA